CUAUCUCUGGCUUUUUCGGGAGACGUCAAGCCGGGUGUACAUUUUUGUGGUGACGUUGAUAAAGUGAGGAUAUUUUCCGUGGUUUUUCCAGCUCUUCUUUCCGGAAAACCAAGCGAAAUGGGCGUCGCGGAGGCCCUCAGCAUUGAUGGGCUGCUCAAUGAUGUCCAGCGAAUGGAUAAGCGGCAGUUUCUCUACCAAGUCCUGAGCUUCGGCAUGAUUGUCUCGUCUGCUCUGAUGAUCUGGAAGGGUCUGAUGGUUGUCACCGGGAGCGAAUCGCCAAUCGUGGUGGUUCUCAGCGGGAGCAUGGAGCCUGCCUUCCACAGGGGAGAUCUGCUUGUGCUGACCAACUACCGCGAGGAGCCGGUGCGAGUGGGCGAGAUUGUCGUUUUCAAGGUGGAGGGACGAGACAUUCCAAUAGUGCAUCGCGUGAUCAAGCUGCAUGAGAAGACUAACGGAACAGUGAAAUUCCUCACGAAAGGUGACAAUAACUCUGUGGACGAUCGAGGACUGUACGCUCCCGGACAGCUGUGGCUCACGAAGAAGGACAUAGUGGGGCGGGCGAGGGGAUUUCUGCCCUUCGUGGGCAUGAUAACAAUCUACAUGAAUGAAUAUCCAAAUCUCAAGUACGCCAUUCUCGGCAUUCUCGCCCUUUAUGUCCUCCUUCACAGGGAAUAGGCUGAAGAGUUUGCAGCAUUUUUUACAAGCACAAAAUUUUCACAAACUCUCUCAACACUGAUACAUCAGCAGAUAAUUUUACCAUCAAUGUAUUCCCCAAUUGAAUGAAUAAUAAAAAUGAGAAAUACUGGACGAAAAA